AUGCCGAUCGACAAAUCUUGGCCCGGUUACAACAAAGGGACCAUCCCUAACGAUGGAUUCGAAUGGAUCUGGCAGGAAGCGACCCCGGCAGAUGAGCCUAACCGGCCUGUAAAAGUGGUUACGAUUCCCUUUGGCUACGAAAAGCGCGUCUUGCCUCGAGGAUGGCAGAAAACACCCGAAAACAAGCCAUUGGAACUGGACAUUAUCUUUGAAAAAGACGUUGAGAUAGUCAUGAGAGAUGGGGUCAAGAUAUAUGCCGACAUCUACCGACCUGCCGACACGGGCGGCAAGAAGCUUCCCAUCAUCAUGCCUUAUUCUCCGUACGGAAAAGGAGGAGGCGGCGCGAAUUUGAUGGACGUGGUGCCCUACCGGGUCGGAGUUCCAAAGAGUCGACAGAGCGGACUUGAGAAGUUUGAAGGGCCUGAUCCCAACGAGUGGUGUCGCCGGGGCUACGCGAUUCUCGACCCCAAUGCCCGAGGAUCAUUCGACAGCGAGGACUGCUACGACAUCAUCGAGACUGCGGCGAAAUACGAGUGGUGUAACGGUGCGGUCGGCAUGGCUGGUAACUCCUGGCUCGGUGUCGUGCAAUACUGGGCCGCCAUGGAGCAACCGCCACAUCUCAAGGCCAUCGCGCCGUGGGAAGGCCUAAGUGACGUUUACCGUGACUUGUGUCGCCGCGGAGGAAUCCCCUGGGCGCCGUUCCUGAAAUGGGUGUUGAUGGGUAUCCCAGGUCGAGGCCUCCAGGAGGCAGCCACGGAGAUGGCCGAGGUUCACGAGUUCUACGAUGCGUAUUGGCAGUCGAAACAGGUUGAUUUCAGCAAGAUCAAGGUCCCGUCGUACAUUCUGGCCUCGUACUCGACGAUGCUGCACACCAUGGGCUCGGUGAGAGCUUGGAGAGGCACUAACACAGAUAAGAAAUGGCUGCGCUUUCAUCCCCAUCAGGAAUGGUACGAAGACUAUCACUAUCGCUCGGUGGACGAUCUGGAUCGCUUCUUCGAGAGAUAUCUCAAGGGAAUAGAUAACGGCUGGGAGAACACGCCGAAAGUGCGUGUGUCGAUGUAUCGAUUUGGGGACACGUACCCUCUUUACGACCAGGUCGAGACUGACUACCCGAUCCCUCGCACGAAAUACACAAAACUAUAUCUGACAUCGAAGAAAACGCUCCAAGACUCACCCAGCAAAGAAGAGGCCGUCCAUUCAUAUGACUCCACGAAUGGCGACAUGGUAACCUACGACUACAUUUUCCCCGAGCGAACCACACUGGCUGGAUUCUCGAAGCUCAAGGUUUUCGUGUCGUGUCAAGAGCACAACGAUCUCGACAUCUACAUCAUGUUGCGGAAAUUGUCGGUGGACGGCGAGCUGAUGGAACAGUCCAAUGUGCCCCUUCACGAGCUGCCUGUGAAGUCAGUCAAGGAGGUUGCCAACGUGAACCCGACCAAGUAUCUCGGUCCCACCGGUAUCCUCCGCGCCUCGCACAGAGAAAUCGAUCCCGAGAAGUCCACGGAGUACUGGCCGGUCCAUCCGCACUUGCGCGCUGACUACGUUGAGCCAGGGAACGUCGUCGAGAUGAAUAUCGGCAUCUGGCCGAUGGGGAUCGUGUACGAGAAGGGCGAGGGCCUGCGUCUGCAGAUAUCGGGAAAGACCAUGGUCUUGCCCGAGUGGGACACCCCGAUGGUCAAACAUAUGGAGCCGCAGUUUAACAAAGGACACCACCGGGUGCAUCUGGGCGGGAGCCACGCUGAGAGCUAUCUGUUGGUGCCGAAGCUUUAA